UGUGUGUGUGUGUGUGUGUGCUCUCACAGUUUAACAGCAGUCAUUAUCAGUGAAGGCCAGCUGGGCAGUAAGAGGCAAUCUCCUUCUGACAGCAACAGUGAGACACAGUCAUCUCCAGAGGACGUGCAGAGCUGAAGUUCGGCCACCAUGACUCAGUUUCUGCUCCUGGGUCUCCUCCUUUUGCUUGGAGCCGAAAGUCUCUCACCACCUCGUCCCUGCCCGCCGGUUUCCCUUUAGGAACCACCGACCUCCACCUCCACGACAACCUGCUGACCACCAUCCCCAACGGGCUGCUGGAUGACCUCACCUCCCUCCACUCUGUGUCCCUGCACGGUAACCCCUGGGUGUGCGACUGCGGCAUCCUUUACCUGCGAGCCUGGCUGCGCCGGCAGCCCGCCGGCCUCACCGCUCACCAGCAGGUCAACUGCAGCUCCCCGCCCGGCCUGAGAGGCCGACUGGUGGUGCAUCUGUCCGAGGAGGAGGUGCUGGACUCCUGCCAGUACUGGUACUGUGACCUGGCCUUGGCCUCGCUGGUGUGCCUCUUUGUGUUCGUGGCCGUGCAGGCAGCUCUGCUGGUGGCUCUCGUUGUUUUCCUGAAGAGGUUUGAGAGGAUGUCCAAGGAGGCAAGACGGACCACGGAGGAGAGCUUCACAGCCGGGGAAGGUCAGGGGGACAGUGAGUUUGAACAUUUAAUGGACAACAGCCUGUGA